GCAUUGUGACAGUGUCGGUGCAGUGAAUUGGGUAUAUGUCGAAGGACGUAUCUAGCUGAGCUGUUGUAGUAGACGCAAUUCAGCGCUCUUUAUAUUUUGAGGCAAAAGAUACAAAAUUAAUCAUUUACAAUGGCUGAAUAUGUGGAAUUUCGUGCGGAGGAAAUGAUUAAAGAGCUUGAACAAAUGGAGAAACUUCAGUUGUUCGACAAAUCGGAAAUUAGGCAAAUUAUAAAGAAAAGGAAAGAUUUUGAGUACAAGCUGAUGAGGAGAACCAAAUGCAAAGAAGAUUUUCUUCGAUACAUACAAUAUGAAAUGGAUGUAAUGAAACUGGUCAAAAUUCGGAAAGAGACCCUGGGUAUCAACCAGAACAACAUUGACUACUUAGUGGCUCGUCGCAUAGAUAAUGUAUUUAAGGGAGCACUCCACAGAUUUGGUGAUGAUAUUAGACUAUGGCUUUCAUACAUUAAAUUUUGCAAAAGAGUGCAUUUCUACGCUUCAGUUAGCCGCAUGCUGGUAAAAAUGGUGCAGGUACACAGUGAUAAACCUCAAAUGUGGAAACUUGCUGCUCGUUGGGAAUUCGAAGAGAGUAAUUCCGUGGAGAGUGCCCGGCAGUUUCUUCUCCGAGGCCUCAGAUUUCACCCGGACUCAAAACUUCUAUACACAGAGGCAUUUCAUUUGGAACUUGCUUAUGUUAAAAAAUUGCGAGCUGAGCUGGACCAGAAAAAAGAAAAGGAAGCAUCGGCAGCUGCCACAGAUGCUCCUUCAACUGUGAGUGGAGAUGCGCAGAGUGCAGCAGACACCUCCAAAAUAUCCACAACACAGCAGUUCCAAGAUGAGGCAAUUGAUGAGGUUCUUGAUGGACGACUUGCAGAGGUCAUCUACGAAUCUGCAGUAAAGAAAGUGAAUGAAGUUUCUUUCAUUAUUGGUCUCCUAGCUGUGGCAAAAGAAUUUGACUUCACAAAUAGACUUCAGAUGAAAAUCAUCAAUGACAUGCUGACACGUUACCCAAAUGACGAACUCACUUGGGAUGCCAUGGCCCGCCGAGAAUUGCAGGGGCUGCCGUAUUCGACAGACGAUGCCUCGAGCACUGAGCGCGAGCGCUCCGCACCGGAGCAGGACGCCCCUGAUGAUGGCGCCACAGAAACGCGGGAUGAGCAUGCCGGCAACAAGAAGCUUCUGGAGUCUAAAGGUCUAAGUGGGAAACUCUGCUUGAAGGAAAGAAUAAGACGUUGUGUCGCCGUGUAUGAUGCUGCCGUAAAACAACUGCCGACAGAGCGUAUGUGGUCUCUGUACAUAGAAACAAUGCAGGAACUCGCUCAGGAGGCGACUCCUUUACCGACUUUCAAGCGGAAAAUGCUGCGUAAUGCUUACCAGGGUGCACACAGUGCUGGAAGAAUGCAGACAAAAUACUAUCUUAUGUGGGUGGACAUGCUGCAGUCAGCCGGUAAGUUGAAGAAGCUGUGUGGCGUGCUGCGCGUGGCAACAGAGCGCCUGCCCCUGAGUGCGGAGCUGUGGCACCUCCGCCUGCGGCUGCACUUGGCGCGCAACGAGGAGGACCAGGCGAUCGCAGUGUUCCGCGAUGCGGUCAGCCACUUGGGCACACGCGAGGCGGCGGCCUUGCCACUCUGGAAGGUGCUGCUGCAGUACUACCAGACCAAGAGCAUGGCGCGCGUCGAGGAGGUGUUCCAGAAUGCUGUGUCCCAGCAGGACAGCCCUGUCGCUGUCGCCCUCAAGCCACUGUACCUCGAGUGGCUGGUGCUGGUCAAAGGAAUUGUGGCAGCUCGCAAGAUGUAUGAAAAGUUGAGUGUGCAGCCUCCAUUGUGCCUUGAAAUGCACAGCAAGAUGGCUGCAUUGGAGUGCAGGGUCCCAGAGGUCAACUUCAAGCAUGUCCGCCGCUGCUAUGAGCUCGCCUGCGAGCAGUUUGGAAAAAACAAUACAGAUGUCUGGAUGGAUUACGUUAAAUUUGAACAGAAACUUGGUGAAGCAAAGAAUGUGAGUGAGAUAUAUUGGCGAGCAUUGAAGAAUUUGGAUCCGAAGCACACGGAUGCAUUCAUCAGUGAAUUCAGUCUCGUGAAGACUGGAAUGGCGGGCCAGAAUGCUGCUACUUCUUCUGUCGCUCUGUAGAGGGGCUUUUUUUUAUCUGUGUACGUCACUGUAGUGUAGUCAUAUUGAGAUUUAUUUCCCUGUUUAUCUCUCAAAUGCAAAAUGAUUAGACGUUUUGCAAUUUUUGCUGAUUGUUAAUUUCCUUACCAUUGUAACCAUGUUGCUUAGCUUCUUUUUUAACUAUCAAGUAAUCAGUGAUGCACAUUUUUUUCUACAUAUUCAUUUUUAAAGAUAAAUACGUAUUAAUUCUGAGAAAUAUGUAACACAGUUUGUAUGAUCUAACUGUGAUGUGAAAAAUAUUUUUUGUUGCGCCAAUGAAAGCAUGCACAAUUAUUUCAAAAUAACGUGAAUUACAUUAAAUUAGAAUAGGAUAAAUCUACCUGACAAUUGCAGAAACUGGAACAAAUGGGGUAGUAUUGACAUAAAUGCAAAACAGGUGAAGGUAACAGAUCUUGGGCUUCCAGGGUAGGAAUUUUCUUCCGUUGGUGAAGUCCUGAUCAAGAAUUACUGCUUGUGUUCCAGUAUAUCCACUUCUUGAAAUUCUGGUUUGUUUCUGUCUUUUGUUAAGAAAAAUAUGAAACAUAUGGGAAUAAUAAGUGCUGUAUCUUGUGUGUGUAUGACAUAGUAAUGUACGGAAAAUUCUGAACUAAUUCACCUCUUCAGAUUUUUCAUUAUUCAUAUUACAAAAUAUGAAGUCUUAAGGUGUGAAAUGUUCCUUUAUCGUGAAUGGCGCUAAUGAGAGAUAUAUGACGUUACAGAUUUUUGAAGGUAGUGAAGAGUGGCAGUAGAUGGCCUGUCUGAAACUGUACAUGGCCCUCCUACUGCAAUGGAAUUGACCAUUAUCAUCAGUGAUAGUGGGAAGCAUCAUUCUCGUGACAGCAGACACAAUUAAUGUAAUCGAGUCAGAAGAUAUGUAGUCCAUUUUGGGCUAAUGCACUGCCAUUGGUUAGUGCCAAAUGACGUCAUAAGUAAGACACUAGUAACCUUGAUGCAAGUUCUCUAUUGUGAUUGAUAUAUACGACUUUACAGAUUUUUGAAGGUAGUGAAGAGUGGCAGUAGAUGGCCUGUCUGAAACUGUACAUGACCCCCUACUGCAAUGGAAUUGACCAUUAUUAUCAGUGAUAGUGGAAAGCAUCAUUCUCAUGACAGCAGACACAAUUAAUGGAAUAGUCAGAAGAUAUGUAAUCCAUUUUGGGCCAAUGCACUGCCAUUGGCUAGUGCCCCAUGAUGUCAUAAGUAAGACACUAGUAACGUUGACCCAAGUUCUCUAUUGUGAUUGAUUGGGGUGACACAGUGAAUAAUGCACUGGACUUUCCAACAGAGUUCAUAUCCUAGCCCAUCUGUGCAGAUUUAUGUUUUUGGUAGUGCCUCAAAAUCAGUUCAGAAAAAUGUUAGAAUUAAUCUUUUGAAAAAUACUCAGCUGAUUUUCCUUCCCUGCCUUGAUCUAUUAAAACAUGUUCCCCCAUGUUGGAUGAUGUCCUUGCUAGGUUUGCUAUAUUUUUAGAUUACCACUUGUCUUUUGUUCAUUGUUUAAAGUGCUGUAUAGUAACAGGAGAAAGCAGCAGGAAAAUUGGCUAGUUUUACGUUCUCAGUUAGUUCAUAUUUAAAUGUAUGUACCAUACUAAUGUUUUGCUACUGGUAUAGACACACACUGUGUGUUGCCAAAGGAGAGACAUACUUGGACUGGCAUCUUUCUGUUCAGGUAUCUUACGUAGAUGAAAUUUUUUGUACACACGUACAAGGAAAUCAUCAUAUCCUAUUAUUAUAUAGAAAUGUUCCAAAAGAACAGACACAAUUUCUGUAUAAUAUAUACACGCCAAAUGGCGUUAAGAUGUUUCAGUGCGGAUGCACAGUAGUAUCCAACACUUGCAACAAUACAGUCCAAUUGUGAGCAAGUGAAUUAAUGGAUAGGGAGAGGUGCUCCAUAGCGUGUAGCAUAUGGAGAUGUGGGUCUGACUGGGGAUGUGCUCAGUUAAGGUGGCCGCUGAUGGAAAGGUUUGACUCCUGGUUUGGCCCAAAUUUUCAUCUGCUGCUAUUGAGUUCGCUCAAUGCUCCAAUGCCACCAAAUGUCAGAGAUUUCUUCUGUCAUUUAUUAUAUCCUACAUUUGUGUGCAUUUCAAAUGUUUGGGUAAUGUCAUUGUUUCCAGCUCACCUUUUUGUACUUUGAAAUGCUUUCCCUGUGAAAAGCUACAAAACUAAAAGUAACCUCUAAUUCUGUUGUCACUGUCAGUCAUUCAUGUAAUUAAUAUGGGAGUGCUCCAGUAAAAACAAAAAAUUUACUUAUUUGUUGUUUUUUUUCAGAAGGCUGACAAUUUCCUUUUACAUUUCUAUUUAUAUUCUAAUAUUCUUGUAGUUCACCUCCUCAUAUCUCUUUUUUACUAUUCGUUUCAAGAGCUUUCUUGUUAUGAUGUAAACCCAGUUUAUUGGAUGAUUCUCCCAUAGCUUCAGGCCUUCACCAAAUAUUUGAGCACCUGUACCCAUCGGUGUUUAUUUCAUUGAAUUUUUGAUUGCCUACCUAAUUAAAGCUUUUAAACUGUUUCACUGUGCCUCUAAUUAAAACUGAAUGAUGCACAUAUUCAUCUGCAAUGUUCAUAAUGCACUUUUUUUGCUCAAAUAUUGUAUUGAGGCAGCACUCAGAUGUGCAAUGCGUAUGCUACAGUUCAAAAGGCAAAAAUAUUAAGCCGCUGUGUGCAGUUGCGAGUAGCAUUGUGCUUGUCUGAUUAACAGGGUUUUAUGUUAGGCAUCACAAAGUUCACAUACAGUCCAACUGGUUGUGUGCAAAUGAUGCCACGACUUCAUUUAUUAUAGCAACUGCAUGGCUGCAGUCCAUCACGCCACAGUACAGUUCUGAAAUUGAACACUCAGCAUUGUUCCUCCAGUGCUGAUGCUACAUUUAUCAUCUUUUGAGUCAAUAAAUCUGGCAGAACACAAUUAGUGCCACAUAAAAUUAUAUUUACAUUAAACUGGCUACUUCAGUAUGUGCUGUUUGGUGACAUAGUUCACCCCAAAUAUUGCUACUUUGUUAGCAGUACAAUGUGUGACACACAGAUCUGGGCCAAGUGAAGUUGGAUUUAAAAAUUGUUCCUGCAUAAAUCUAUUGUUUGAGGAAAUUUGGACUGUUGGCAGGUUGCAAGGAUCAAUGGUAACUGAUAUAAAACUUCUGACAUAGAACAUCAUGGUUGCAAAGCAGAUGUCAAAGAAACUCUGAAUUGGGAAGAUAUAAAAAUUAGGUAGAUUAACGAUAAUUUUGCUGAUUGAAGAGUGGACUCGCAGAAAAUUGAGUCAAAUGGAGAAGCUUCAGGUAUGUAAUGAUGCGUAAAGUCCUUGGACCUAUGCUGCUGAUUCUCUCUCCCCUCAAAGGAAAUUUUGGACUUGUGGAGAGAAAGUGCUCUGAUAUCUUCCUUUCACUGUCACCACAGGUGAAUACCAACAAUUAUUUGACACUGUUGUGAACGGAAGUUACAAAUCUGAGUCUCAGUGGCAUCAAGAUUGAUUCAGAUAUUGUGUGGUAAGUUAAUUAUGUUUAAGUAUGCAUUAUAUUUAAGAGUGAGCAGGAUUGUGAGGUAUUUGCUCGUAAGAGGCAAAACAUUCUGGAAUUCAGCUGUGCGUUGGUGUAGUUAAAUUUGGAGAGCAGUGCAACAUUCACCUAUAAAAGUGAAAACUAUGUGAAACCUGCUGAAGCUUUGUAGUGCAGAAUGAAAAUGUCUGAUAAAAUAUAACUUCAGGAGAAACUGAUUUGUUUAACUUUAAAUAGCUUUAUAGUAAAUUAUACUAUGUGUAUAAGUGUUCUUUGAUGGUGUCCUUCACUUCCUCUUGAUGUGCUUAUUGCUGUGAACUUUCAGUUUGCAACAUAUGAAAGUGAUCUAGUGUAGAACAGCAGCCUUGUGUUGGACAAGUACUAAGUGCAUGUUUCAGUGCACAAUUUCUGACUUUCAUUUCAAUUUGUUUUAAAUAUCCAUGAGAAUAACUAGGUAGUUUCACUACGACAGCUGUGGUUGUUAUUUACACAUCUCAAGCUAGUGAUCUGCCUCUGAUGACCAUCUCUUAGUGCUUCUUACAAGGGAAACUUCCCACCCUAUCCCCUCUGAUUUAGUGAUAAAAUGGCCCAGGGGAUAGCCCGUUAAAAAUUGAACGUAGAUCUAACAUUAAAACUGGAAGAAGGUAUACUGAACUGCAAAAAAAGAUACAGUGGACGGUCCAAGCUUAAGAUGCGCAACAUCAAGCAAGUUGCAAGCACCAUGGAAUCAUGGUUGCGUCGUCACAAUGUUGGACUGCAAAGUUGGAGAUGAGUGUUCAAAUCUCACUCAUGCCCCCCCCCCCCCCCUCCCCCAUGACAGAUUUUGAAAUGUCCAUCCGGUCAUUGACAUGUCUGUUCUCUUUCUGUAGCCUUGGCAAUUGUCAAGCUGUAUGUUGGUCAUAGGAUAUGAGUCAUAUGGUAAGAAUAUAUUACUGUUGCAAGUAAAUGUGAUGAAAAGUGAGCGCAGGCAAGAUGACGCAUAGACCUCUCACAGAAAUGAAAACAACAAAUACAGGGUUAUUAACUAUGUUACAAAAAAGGAACUUGCGAGUUAAAACUUUAAAACGGAGCGCAAGAGUCAUAACAUGUGGUACUUGCGUAGAACAAAGAGGAGGUACGUAUGUCUGAGGGUCCCUUCUUUACACCUCGCCGUUGCAGACGGGUGUUACACCACAACACAGACACAAAUUUGAAUUCAGAUAUGUCAAUGACUGGGCGGACAGUUCAUAAUUUUGUGGGGGAGGGGAAUGCAGCACGAGGGAGAUUUGAAAAGGAUCUUCGCCUUCACAAUCCAACAACGUGACCACGUAAACACGUCAUCAUUUUUAUUUAAAUUUGCUCAAUGUUGCACAUUUUGAGCUUGGACCAUUCGCCCUUCUUCUUGUUUUCGUGCUUGACAUGUCUUCAGUUUUUGACGGGCUAUCCACUGGACCAUCUUAUCACUAAAUCUGAGGCGGUUGCAAUGGGAAGUUUCCCUUGUCAGCACCUUAGCAAAUGGAAUUCCUUCCAUGCAUUAUAAUCUAUUGACAUCCUUUUCAUAAUCAUUUUUAGAAGCUGAUUGAUAUGUAUUUUAUUACUAAAGUCAAUUGCCACUUUCGUUCACUGCAUGUUUCACAUGCCUGAUGAAUCUUCAUUUAAAAUUCCUGCUUUGUUUACAUUUCCCUUUUAUUUUGUGACCCGGCAGAUAUUUAUGCAGGUCAGCAGAUUCUUUUGGAGUAUUUCUUUUUCUUUUUUCCAUUAGAGGGAUAAAAAAUACUGAAGAACAUAAACAGUGUAAUGAUCUGCUACCAACACUGUUUCUGUUGUUUUCCACACAAAUUUUCUUUUGUUUUUGUGUAUCCUGAAAUUAAAUUUGACUCUUGGUGGAGUGGUAUUCAUCCAGUAGUUUCUGAAUAUUCUCUGUCAUAUUUUCAUGUGUUUAAUCUCUAUCCUUGUAGUAAUAUAAUAUUUCUCUUUGUGUACACCGUUUUCAACAAGCAAGUUAGCUUUAAACUUGCUACUUUUGAAGAACCAAAUCAGAAAAGUUCCUCAGAGGUUUUCAGACACUUGCUUCAGAAUGUUUCUAAAGCCUUACUAUAUGUUAAAAUCAGGUGAAUUUAUAGAGAAAUGCUGAACGUGCCAUAUCAUUUCUUAAACUUAUUGUGCUUAGCUUAGUGGUGUAUGUUAUUCAAGGUGUAUUGAUGUUUAGUAGUCUCAGUGUUAAAUCUUGAACAAAAACUGUGGUCCUCUUAUUCGAUGUGGUUAUUUUGUUGUCUAAAGCCCACCAAAGUGCAACAAUCUGUAAGUAUGCUAUUGGGUCUUGGGAUAUAGCUCUUCAGAUUGUAAGAGGUGGUUUUAUCUGCGAGCCCUUUGUUUUUGCAUUUACACAAUAAGAUUGGAUGUUGUUAUUAUCAUACAUUCACCUCCCCCCUUUUCCUCUCUCUCUCUCUCUCUCUCUCUCUCUCUCUCUCUCUCUCUGUGUGUGUGUGUGUGUGUGUGUGUGUGUGUGUGUGUGUGUGUUUUGGUGCGUGCUAGGUUGGAGCCUAAGUUUCAACUAAGCCAUCUAUCUUUUUAGAAGACUUUAAACGGUAACAGAGCACUUAUUUGUGUUUUUGUUCUUGGAUUAUUGGUGUUAGCUGUUCAGGUGUAUUGGUGUACAAUUGUCUGUGUUAUACCUCAAAUAACUAUGGACCUCAUAUUGUCUGUGGUUAUACUAAAUGUGUAAAGCCCACCAAUCCGUCAUUGAACUAUUGGGCGUUGGGAUGUAGCUCUUCAGACUGUCCACAAGCUCUUUGUUUUUACAUUUCCACAAUAAGAUUGCAUGUUGAUAUUGUCACACACAACCCCCCCCCCCCCCUGCACCUCUCUCUCUCUCUCUCUCUCUCUCUCUCUCUGUGUGUGACCGAGCGAGGUGGGCAGUGGUUAACACACUGGACUCACUUUGGGAGUAUGAUGGUUCAAACAUGCACCUGUCAAUCCUGAUUUAGGUUUUCUGUGAUUACCUUAAAUCAGUUCAUGCAACUGCAGAGAUGCACCUUUGAAAGGGCACGGCUGACUUCCUUCCACAUCCUUCCCUAAUCUGAUGGAACCAAUGACCU